AUGGUAUCAGAGCGAGUCCGUAGCACGUCGCCAUACCGCCCUUAUCACUCUCCCGCGCCUUCCCAUUCGUCGCGCCUCCCUCUCCUCCCGUUUCUGACGGUCGCGCGCCCAUUUCCGCCCAAAGCGCGCCCUGCCGUCCCCCCCCUUCCCCCGUCCCGUCGCGCGCGCAUUGCGCUCCCACAGCCGCGCGCGCUAAGCACCGUCCAGCAGCGCGCGCGCCUGCCCUUCCUUGUGGCGCGCCCCGCCCUUCCUCAAUCCGCCCCUUCCCUCACCCUCCUCCUCCUUCCCUCUCUCCUUUGUGCUUCCCCCCACUACCUCACCUCUUCCUCCUCCUAUUUUCUCUCCAUCUGCUGCGGCUCGCAGCUCCUUGUGGCGCGCCCUGCCCUUCCCACAAUCCGCCCCUUCACCCUCCUCCUCCUCUCCUCUCUCCCACUAGUUCCCUCUCCACUAUCUCACCCCUCCUCCACCUCUUUCCUCUCUUCAUCUGCUGCAGCUGGGAGCUGA